AAGUACAUAUAAGAUAAAAUGUGAUAUAAAUGGUAAACAGUUUGACAUAUUUAAACAGAAGUGGAUGUGUAUACAGUGGAUAUAACCACAUUAAACAAAAUAAAGUAGUCCUAACUAAUUAAGUUAUGGCCCUAGAACAAAUUAAUCUUAUUUAUAUUAAACUUUAUCAAAACAGAAACUCUUUUAAAUGUCAAACAUAACUUUACACACUAACAGAUUUUGCUUUUUAUUAAAAACAAAAAAACAAAAAAACAUUUACUUUCCUUAUCCAGUCCACUGCAAAGCAUGCUGGGAACUAGAAAGCCACUGCCCCGUUUUCAAAAUGAUCAAGCAGUUUCAUUAAAAACAGAAAUUUGAGUUUAAAUUACACAAAAUGUUAAAAGAACACAUCAAAAUAAUGCUUGCAACUUAAAAGAUUUAAUACUUUUGAUGGAUUGUUCACAAGUCACAAAAAUCUCAUGCUGUGAGCACUGCCAUUGAUACACUAAAUUGAAAGUUGUUGUACGCUACUAUUUAAAGCUUCCGGCUUUGAAUGCAUGUGAUCUAACUAGGCUAAUUUAAAGUUUGUGUGUGAAACAAAAAUCUGAUCACUUAUGCUUCAUCGGCUCAUGGUGAUCACAUUCUGGGUGCCAUGAAAGCUUUGUGAAAAUGAUUUUUUUUUUUUUUAAAGGGAAAAAAAAGCUGGUGCUGGCUGGCAACUAAAAAUAAAUAAAUAAAUAAGAGAAAGGAAAAAGAAAAGAAAACCUCUAUUGGGGUAAAAGUUAAUUUACACAAAUUUAUAUGCCUACUUUAAACAAAGGCUGCAUAUUAGAGUUUUAUCAAUUGUUAAGAAGCUUUUACCAAUACUUAAAUGACCUUUUCUAAACUCUUAACACAGCAACACAAACAAUUAGCCAAUUUUUUAAUCUUCAACCCAAACCAUAUUUUGUUAAAUAAAUACAAUCUCUACAUUUCAAAAUGCUAAAAAACUUUUUCUACAUAAUACUAACUCUAUCAAUGCAUUCUUGACAACAUCUAAAAGUGAAUGAGUCAUUACUUUAUAGAAUGUACAGUAGAAAAAAAGAAGAAGACAGUAACAGAAUUGCUCAGGGCGGUCAUUGGUUAAAUGAGUCCACUAUGCAGAACUUCAGUUGCCCCCUUGGUUGAAAUCUCUUUCUGGGAGUCACUUUCUGCUAUUAUUCUUCUAUUACAAUCUUGAACAGAGAUUCUUCUAGCAUAACAGCUUUAGAGAGAAAUAGCUAAUAUGAACUGUACAACAUCAUAAUCCGGUAUUUCUGGAAUGUUGUCAUUUGUUCUUUAUGAACGUCAUUCACCCUUGUCCCUGUAUGCGAGGAAUGAUGAAGAGAUGCUGGUUCAUGUGUAAUUUCAGAAACAAAAACUUCAGGAUGGUUUUAUUCCAUUUGUGUUGGAAUAAAACAAUUUAAAUCCACUUCAACUCAAAGUGAAGCAAUCUUGAUAACAUCUUAUAAAACUGAUUCAUAGUUUAUGUAGAAACUAUUAUAGAGCAAAAGAAGAAUUACUCCUCAGUCAAUAAUAUAACUAUUCUGUAGUUAAUGGCAAAUUGAUGACUGGGGUAGUUCACAAUUAGAUAAUAAGUAAUUUUCACCAGUAAGGACGGCAGUUCAUUUUCUAUAAGAGUAGUCAUGAUUAGAAAAGGUCUCCGGAAGAAGCCGGAAGGCACAUAAAAGACUAAAUUAUAUGAGCCUAAUUUAGCACUGUGUGUGUGUGUGUGUGUGAGUGUGUGUGUGUGUGUCAUUGUUUCCAAUGAGAGCUCAGUAUAAGGAAGUACUAAACUUUUUAAAUAACUUGUCAAACGUCCAGACAAUCUCACUUGGUUAUUAACUGCCAAGCUUGGUGGUCAAGCAGUUAUACAUUUUAACUUUAGCCGUUAAAGACUGAAAACUGUAAAAAUGCAGUUAUGUGCUUUUCUUCUGCUGAGUUUGGCUUUGGCUCUUUGUCUUGCAUCACCAACGCUCCCACCAGAUAUAAAUGGCGCUGAGGAAUGGAAGGACAUUCCUGAUAUAAACAAAGGUUUAAAUCUCAGAGAAGGAGACAUCAUGAUGCCUAAUCAAAGGAGCGCCAUUCUUGGGAAUCGAUGGGAUAUUCCUGUCCCAUAUGAGCUGAGUGUGAAUCUAAGUAUGAACUAUAAAGGAAUAAUUUUGAGAGCCUUUGAGCAGUUCAGACUGAAAUCAUGUAUUGACUUUAAACCCAGAGCAGCAGAAGAUUUUUACAUCUCUGUGGAGAGUCAUGAAGGGUGUUGGUCAUAUAUUGGGCGCAUAUUUUCUGAAGGUCAGCCUCUUUCCAUUGGAAACGGCUGUGGAAUAAAAGCCAUUGUUGAGCAUGAGUUUCUCCAUGCACUAGGAUUUUGGCAUGAGCAGUCAAGAUAUGACAGAGAUGAUUAUGUGACCAUCAAAUUUGAAAACAUCAUUAAAGGCUAUGAGAGCAAUUUCAAUAAAUACAGUGAGAAUGAGACCACCACCCAAGGCACCCCAUAUGACUAUUACUCUGUGAUGCAUUAUGAUAAAAAUGCCUUUAGUAACGGCAAUGGAUCCACGAUCAUUACCAAGCUUCCCGAAUUCCAAGAUGUGAUUGGUCAACGCCUGGACAUCAGUGAAUAUGAUGCGAUUGAGCUCAACAAACUCUAUAAAUGCAAUUCCUCCAUCUCUUUUCUUGACCACUGCAGUUUUGAUGAUGAAUCUCUGUGUCAGAUGAGCGUCUGUUCUGCUGCUGAUUAUGGCUGGCAGAGAGUGAAGUCAGUGAGUGGCAUCAAUGUGACUGACCACAGCUACUUGAGCAAAGAACAGAAUGGGACGUCUUUUUUCAUGCACUUCAGCACUGAGGGCAGAAAUGAAGGGGACACAGCCAGAAUGGAGAGCAAGACAAUGACCCCUAAAAGAGACUGCAAAGUCCAGUGUCUGCAGUUCUACUACUAUCACAGUGGUAAUGAGUCUGACCAGCUCAACAUCUGGAUCCGAGAGUACCAGAAUGAAGAAGACAACAGAGGAACUCUCAGACUUAUGGAUCAGAUCACAGAACACCCUGGUAAUUACUGGAAGCUGCAUCAUGUGUCACUGAAUGCAAAUAAAACCUUCCAAGUUGUAUUUGAAGCCCGUAAAGGAGCUGGGAACUCCAGUGGAGGCUUUUCACUGGAUGAUAUCAAUAUUUCAGAGACUGAGUGUCCCCACACAUGGCAGAUAAGGGACUUUUCAAUGAUGGAAUCUUCAACACAUUACAGUCCAUUGUAUUACUCUAGUGAUGGCUAUCGCUUUCAGGUUGCAUUAGAAGUGUAUCCGAGUUUUCUUGCCAUGUAUGUUCGUCUGGUAUCUGGAGCAUAUGAUGACCAGUUGCAGUGGCCUUGUUCAUGGAGACAAAUAACCUUCCAGAUACUUGACCAGAAUCCACACAUACAGAAGCGCAUGUCCUCUGAAAAAAGCAUCACCACUGACCCUACUUUGAUUUCUUCCAAUGGCAGAUAUUACUGGGACAAUCCUCGAAAAAAUGGAACUCGAGUCACCAUUGGCAAUGAGACCGUAUAUGUGGGUCUUUUGUGGGGCUAUAGAUAUUUCAUUAUGAAAGAUGAUCUGAUCAGAAGAGAGUUCAUCAAGGGUGAUGACAUCAUAUUUCUCUUCAACAUGCAAGACAUCUCAGGGCUACUUCAGAAUGACUCUCUACCCUGCUCUAAAGUGACAGUGAAGAAUUUCAACAUUUCUCCUGAUGCGAGUGCCCAGCAGGGAUCAUGUGCUACAAGAGCUCUUCCCACACCUCAUCAGACAACAGCUUUUACAACUACAACUUCAACACCAGAACCUACUGAGGGUGAAUGUCUGGACAUAUUUUGCAAUUCCAGUGCCAAGACUGUUUCUUCUCUGAUCCUCUUGGUGGUUUGCUUCCUUUUGCUGGUGAAUUAAUCAUGGGAAGCCACUUUUAAUCAAUAUCCAGUGUCUGACUAUAAGAGUUUUAAUCAUUGUCAAAGCACUGCAUCUAUCUAUGAUUCCAUUAAAUCCACUGAUCCAUUUUUCCAAGGCAACUGUCCUUUUCAUGAUUGCACAGCCUAUCCCUUUGUAGCCUAUCCAAGCAUCUCAGGUCAAAGGUAGGGAAACAUCCUGGAUGGAUGGCCAGGCCAUCACAGGGCUAACACACACUUACUUGCAUUCACUCUUUUACUCAUGCCUAUGUACAAUUUAUUGUCUUCAAUUCAAGUAUGCUGGAUGUCUUGUGGAGGAAACCAAAACACUCGGAGGAAACCCAUGCUAAGAUGGGGAGAGCAUGUAAAGUUCCUGUGCUUGCUAACAUUGAAUGUGCAAUUUAAUUAAGCUCUUUACACAGACUGUAUCUAUAUUCACUUGCCUGCGAUAAAAAAAUCAACAUGUUAAUCUUAACUGUAAUUCCAAUGAUUACAAGUGUAUAUCUCUUCAAUGUUUGAUUAAAAUUUUGACUUAAAGACUU